AUGAUUACUUCUACACUUAGCCUGUUGGCACUCGCUGCCGUUGCAUCAGCCCACAGUGACCACAAGCAGAAGGCCAUGUCUGGUCCGCAUCAGAGCCUGUGGUACAAUACAAUCCCUGGGGACGGUGGCACUCAGGCUGACUCCGUCUUCUCCGGCAUCUCGACGUUUGGUCGCUUGCCCUACUUCCCUUGUCUGUCCAGCGAGGAAGAGAAAUAUGAUAUCGCCUUCAUUGGCGCCCCCUUUGACACCGGAACUUCGUACAGGCCAGGCGCAAGAUUCGGUCCCAGUGGCAUCAGACAAGGUUCUCGCCGCCUUAAUCUCUACGGUGGCUAUAAUGUGCCAUUGGAAGCCAAUCCUUUCGUCAGUGACCUGAAGAUCCUGGAUUGUGGUGAUAUCCCUGUGACUUCGUAUGACAAUGCUUGGGCCAUCCAGCAGAUUGAAGAAGGACACAAUAGCCUUCUCAUGCGCAAGCCAUAUACCGAUGCCAACGCUGAUGGGCUGUCUAGAGCCGGCAAGACCUUGCCGCGCAUCAUCACUUUGGGUGGUGACCAUACCAUCACACUGCCAUUGCUACGCAGUAUCAACAAGGCCUAUGGGCCUGUGACUGUCAUUCACUUUGACAGUCAUUUGGACACAUGGAAGCCCAAGGUCUUCGGCGGCUCACCCAGUCAAGUCGCUGCCAUCAACCACGGUACCUACUUCUACCAUGCGGCCAUGGAAGGUCUCCUGAAGAACGACACCAACAUCCAUGCUGGUAUCCGCACAACCCUGUCCGGGCCCUCGGAUUACGAGAAUGACGGCUACUGUGGCUUCGAGAUUGUCGAGGCACGCGAGAUUGAUACUAUCGGAACCGAUGGCAUCAUCAAGAAGAUCAGAGAGCGCGUCGGUACCGAGAAUCCGGUCUAUCUUUCGAUCGAUAUCGAUACACUCGACCCAGCUUUCGCCCCCGCAACCGGUACCCCCGAGACUGGCGGCUGGUCGACCCGCGAGCUGCGGACUAUCAUUCGUGGCCUUGACGGUCUCAACUUUAUCGGUGCCGACAUUGUUGAGGUUGCUCCAGCUUAUGACACCAACGCCGAGCUCUCUACUAUGGCUGCUGCGGAUGUUCUCUACGAGGUUCUCACUAUCAUGGUCAAGAAGGGGCCACUGUCAAUCUCGGGGAGAAAUGAAUUGUGA